AUGAAACUUGACGUCCUGGCGCUGGCCGCUGUGGCCGGCGCAUCAACGCUGACCCCUAAUGUCCUCCCGUUAAUCGUCCGGAACCCGUAUCUCAGCACCUGGCUCUACCAUGCCCGCGGUGCCCCUUGGGACAAUUGGCCCAUCUUUUGGACUGGUGCUCAUGUCGGUUUCUCCGUCAUGGCAUCCGUUCCCGAGACAGGAAAGGUCUAUCCUCUGCUCGGACGACCACAAGACUCCCUUCGCUGGGAUCAUCCGCAGUAUAAGAUCACGUACCCCGAGUACCUCGGUGCGAACUUCGAUGCCUCAACCACGAACCUAACAUACAGAAUCUACGGCUUCUCGUCAUCCAACUCCGCACUCGUGACCCUGUCAUUUCUCUCCCCCAUCACCCCGUCCUCGACGUUCCGGCAGUCCAUUCCCGCCGCCUACAUGACCAUCUACGUCGAGGGCUGCAUCGAUCUCAACAUCUACACGGACACCAACGGCGAAUGGGUCACAGGAAAUAGGAACAACCAGAUCAAAUGGACACUACACACACCGGUCCGCUACGGCAAUGGCCAGGGGACGGCCCUCAAGUCGUGGAAGGUGUCGCGGGUGCACGAGCAGCUCUUCACGGAAUUCGCUGACCACGCGGAAUGGGGUACGCUCUACUUCUCUGCGCCGAGCGACGUGCACCAUCAAGCUGGGACAUCGGCCAUCCUCCGCCAGCAGUUUGCUGAGCACGGCGCGUUGAGCAAUACCGUCGACAAGAGAUGGCGUAAAGUCAUGCAAGAGGAGCCAGUCUUUGCCUUCUCCAAGUCCUUCAACCUCGCCGGCAAGAAGAAGGUAGACCGCUGGCCCCCCAAAGCGGACAGCAUCACCUUCACCUUCGCCCUAAUCCAGGACCCCGUCGUCCAGUUCGCCUCUGCCAAGGGCCUCAUCCACAUGAAGCCCCUCUGGCAAUCCUACAUCCACACCACCGAUGAGUUGAUCACCUACCACUACGACGACUUCCCAACAGCCGCUGCCCUCGCCCAGAACUAUUCCGACACCCUCGCCAUCGACGCCUUCAACUCGGGUUCCUCCGAGUACAAAGACAUUGCCGCUCUGUCAGCCCGGCAGGUCCUCGGUGCGACGCAGUUCUCAGGCACACCCGACCGGCCCAUCCUCUUCCUCAAGGAGAUCUCGUCGAACGGGAAUUUCCAGACCGUCGACGUCAUUUUCCCUUCGUUCCCCUUCUUUUUGUACACCAACCCCAAGUGGCUGGCGCAUUUGCUAGAGCCGCUGCUAGAGCAUCAGCUCAGCGGGCAGUACCCCAAUGAUUACAGCAUGCAUGAUUUGGGGGCUCAUUUCCCCAACGCGACUGGGCACCCGGAUGGGAAGGAUGAGUACAUGCCCGUGGAGGAGUGCGGGAAUAUGCUUAUUAUGGCGCUGGCGCUGGCUAAUGCGCUUAAGGAUGAGGAUUCUUCGUCUCCGGCGUACCUUCAGGCUCAUGAGACGGCUGCGGAGGUGCUGCCUUACUCUCCUAGCGGGGCGUCCGCCGAUAAGUACGGGUUUGACUUGGUCGGAAAGACAUCGGGCGAGGAGGCAGCGACCCGAUGGCUAGCCCGGUCAUGGAAGCUCUGGGAACAGUGGACGGGCUAUCUUGUCCGCGAGUCACUCAUCCCGCACAACCAGCUUUGCACGGAUGAUUUUGCUGGCUGGCUCGCCAACCAGACCAACCUCGCGCUCAAGGGGAUCAUCGGCAUCCGCGCCAUGAGCGAGAUCUCAGAGAUGUUGGGGAAAGUGGAUGAGGCCAAGCACUAUCGCGCCAUUGCAGAGUGGUAUAUUGAUAAGUGGCAGGAGUAUGGCAUCUCGAGGGAUGGUACCCAUGCCAAGCUGGCGUACACCUGGGAGUCCGAGGGGAAGGGGAGUGAUUAUGACGACGCAAAGGAUCAGGUACCCGGCCGCCUGAGGGGCCAGAAACCCCUGGGUGGGUUGAGCAGUCUUGCGCGAAGGGCAUCAUUGGUCAGGAAGAGGAGCGAGGCGACUCAGUACAAGAAGAGGGAGGUGUUCAUCCCGGACAGGAUCUACCAGAUGCAGAGUGACUGGUAUUCUGCUGUUCUGCAGCGAUACGGACUGCCGCUGGAUUCGCGGCACUUGUAUACGAAGAGCGACUGGGAGUUCUUUGCUGCCGCCGUGACGAGCAAGAAGACCCGGACGGAAAUUCUGACCGCGGUGGCGAGGUGGGUGAAUGAGACUUCGACUGAUCUCUACGACACCGAAGGAACGGGCGGGUAUCCAGGUAUUCACUUCAUGGCGCGGCCGGUUGUGGGCGGUCACUUUGCGUUCUUGGCGCUGGAGGGGGCUUGCGGGGGGAAGGCGAUUGAGGCGCUGAGGUUUCUGGAUGAGAUUGAACCUAAGGAGUUGGAUGUUGUGCGGUUGUUGAGGAGGGAGAGGGAGCUUGGCUUGGAGCUGCAGCAGAAAGAGGGAUGGAGGGGUGAGGACCUCUAG